AAAUAUGUAGAGAGAAUGUGAUAGUACGGGAAGUAUGAGAGGGGCAUGCGAGUGAGCAGCAAUACUUUGAAUUCUGGGUGUGUAAUUCUGGAAAAUCUACGGAACUGUGAACUUGACACCACUCUUAGCCAUGCACGCGUCAAAAACCGGUUUUUGUUUUCUCAAAAACUAAAUUGUACGAAGACUAGGUGAUAUUAAAUUUUUCUCACAACCGAAUUUUGUAGAGUAAACAUUCCUCUAUAAAAUAAGCUAGCUAUAGCUGCAAUCUUCACCUGGAUCCAGCACUUAUAAAAAAAGUAUUUAAUAAGAGUCUCAUUUAUCGGUUUCGGGUACAUAACACGGAAAAGAGAGAAGAUCCGCCGUAGCUCAUUUUAUAAAGAAAUGUUUGCUCGACAAGACUCAGUUGUGAGAAAAGUUUAACAUGCCAAAUCGUCAUACAAUCUGUGUCUGAAGUGGUGGAUUAGGUACUGGAGGAAAUACACAAACGUCUUAUUCUUCAACAUGGUCGUCAUCAUACAGACAAGAAGGUGGAACAGGACUAGGAAAUAGUAGUUUUCAUCGUAGCAGUCCGUUAAGAGAUCAUAUAACAUCCACAACAUCUUCAAUUUCAUCAACGUUGGACGGUGGACGUAAUUUAUUAAAUAAUCAAGCCCCAAUCACAUAUUCAACAAUAACAUCUCGUCCCGAUUAUACAAUAUCCGAUGGAGGAGAUGGAACAAAAACCGUUAGUUAUAAAUUUAGUCUAGAUGGAUUUACCCCCAAAGAUAUUCGCAUUGAGAUCAAUGGUACCAUGCUGAAAAUAACAGCCAUUCGAGAAGAACGAGAUAAUUCAAGAAAAUUCGAACAAGAAAUUAGUUCGUAUAUAACGUUUUUUUUUUCAUAUAAACAGACUAGUUCUCAGAAACUUAGACUUUUCCCGUUUUAAGGCCCAUUUUUUUUCCCCAGAACACUCAAUCUUACUGAAAUUUUUAUUGAAUAUGUAUCUGACCAUUGAUAGUUCUCAGUAUAAAUUUGAGCUCAUAAUAUUG